AUUUAAAACAAAAGAUUUUAGAUAAAAUAACUUUGGCUGGAUUUUUUAGAAAAUUGAAAUUGGAAAAAUGGUUAAUAUUAGAUAAAGGAAAUGAAAUGGAUAGAUAUAUUAAUGAUAAUAUUCAUGGUGAAACGUUUAAAGCAUAUAUUGCUGCAAUAUAUUUAGACUGUAGUUGCGAUUUUGAUAAAGUUAUGGAAUAUUUGAAACCAUUCUUAAUACCAUUCAUCAAUCAAUGGGCCGAAGUUUUAAAAGAUACUGAAGACCAUAACGAGACUCCUCCAGAACUAGAACAUAUAAUGAAACUCGAUUUACAUAUAUUAAAAAAAGGACUUAGUGAACCCAUAUAUAAAUGGAAAAACAGUGAUAACAGUGAUAAUGCAAUGUUUAUUUAUGAAGUUCUAGUUAAUGGAAAGAUUUAUGGAACCGGUGAGGGCAAAAAGAAAAAUGAAGCUAAGAAGCAUGCAGCAAUUCAAGCCUACGACAAUAUCAAUUUAGACAACUCCAUUACGAAAUUAAUCGACAUUAACGCUAAGUCAGGCAAUGUUAAAUCUGAUAAUGUUAAAUCUGAUAAUGUUAAGUCUGACAAUGUCAAGUUAGAUAAUGUCAAGUUAGAUAAUGUCAAGUUAGAUAAUGUCAAGUCUGACAGUGUCAAGUCUGACAGUGUCAAGUCUGAUAGUGUCAAGUCUGAUAGCGUUAAAUCUGACAGUGUUAAAUCUGACAGUGUUAAAUCUGACAGUGUUAAAUCUGACAGUGUUAAACAAGACAGUGAUAA